AAAUUUGUUCUUAACGAUUAUCUAAGUAAAUAAUAAUCAAUAUCUAAUAUGAGAAUGACGUAAAUAUAAAGCGCUGCGCGAUAGAAUUUAGUGUGUUGCAAUCAUAGAUUUAGUUCGUCAUCUAAAUAUUUUUUCUUUUAGUCUCUCUUCGGUUUAGUUUCCUUUCUGAACGCGUGCGUUUGGCUUACACAUUAUAUACACAUCUUCCAAGUGAACUUAACUUUUUAUUCUUCAACAUGGCUACCGCCGAAAACCUCACUGUACCAAGUAUCGAAACGGAGAAACCACUCGGAGCGGAAUUUGUAAUAGGAGCAAUUUCGGCUGCGGGCGCUGGAUUAUUUACUAAUCCAGCGGAUGUUAUUAAGAUACGAUUGCAGCUCCAAGGAGAACUCGAAGCGAGGGGAGCUUACAAAAAGAUAUAUAAAAAUACGUUUCAUGCUGCCUAUCUCAUAGCUAAACACGAAGGAAUUUUAGCUUUACAAUCUGGUAUUGCACCAGCGUUAUAUUUUCAGGUCGUUCUCAAUGGUAUACGAUUAGGUGUUUAUAACACCGCAACAAAGUAUGGUUUCAUACUGGAUAGUAAAGGAAAUACGGAUAUCCUGAAAACUGUACUCAUCACAGGAUUGUCUGGUUGCUUAGGGGGCGUUCUCGGUAGCCCAUUUUACUUGGUCAAGACACAAAUUCAAGCUCAAUCCGCGCAAUCUAUUGCCGUUGGUUAUCAACACGGUCAUACAGGAACGUUGUCAGCAUUUAUAAAACUUUGGAAGCAAGGUGGCAUAACUGCGCUAUAUCGUGGCUGGUAUGCCAAUAUACCUAGAUUAUUUAUUGGAUCGUCUACGCAGUUAACUACGUUCAGUUUGGUCUCAGAUUUGUUACGUUCUUGGAAUAUACUUACAGAUUAUCCUAUAACUUUAACUUUCGUUUCUUCGUUAAUCGGUGGAUCAUGUGUAGCUGUCACUAUGCAACCUUUUGACGUAUUGGCAACAAGAUUGUACAAUCAAAGAGCAACAAAAGGUGGAAAAGGUGAGCUCUAUAAUGGACUCUACGACGCUUUGGUUAAAAUAAUAAGAACAGAAGGUUUAUAUGGCUUAUAUAAAGGAACUUUCCCAACGUGGAUGAGAAUAGCACCACACACAGUUUUAUGUUUAGUAUUCUAUAAGAAAUUAGAUCAAUUGUACGACGGUAUGAGAACGUAAAACGUAUUAAAUUUAUAUAAAUAAUCCAUUGUACUGGAUACAAUGGGAAUGUAGAUUGUGUACAUGUUCAUGUAAAUAUAUACAAUUAAAAUAAGUUAAUUUUUUCCGUCAAAAAUUACACAAU